ACCCUCACUCACUGACAUACAGAGGCACACAGAGUGAAUGGAUAAGUGCAAGAGCAGGAAGCCUAGACAGAGCGAGAGAGAGAGAGAGAGAGAGAGAGAGAGAGUGCAAGUGAGACGAUCCAGCGCUCACACUUUCAUACUGAGAAUAGAUGAACUGCAGAUCCACUGCUCUCCAGCUUCACGUGGACGUGUUGCAUUCCCUGCUUUCCUUGAUCACUUUGCCCCAGGACCUCUUUAAUAAUUGGGAUUUUUUAGCGUGACAUGUUGCCCUCUUUUCUUGGAAAAAUCUUUACUUUUUUUUGGAGUGUUCUUCGUGCUUGUUUUCCUUCUGUCCGAGACUCUCGGUGCGCUCCUUGGGGAAUGAUUAAGUACUGAGGACCGAAGAGGAGGAGGAUUGCUUGCCUGCCUGCCUGUUCGUCUGCCUGUCUGCAUGUGUAUGGGACUCUUAUGAAAAAAAGACAUCUAAAGCUGAUAGAGUAAAGAGCAAAAAAAGAACUUUAAAGUACUUUUUUUGGUCUUGUACAAUGGAUCUCCCUCCAUUCAGAGGUUUAUCUGAUGUGCCGUGAUUGGUGCCAGCCUUGUAUUCAAGUCUCUUCCCUAGUGGCACCGGUGGCAUUAUGGAUUCAGCACCUCCUCUCAGAAUGGAUCGUGAUGGCUUGGACCUCCAGCAGGUCUCUGUGCUGUCCAUAGAUCAGAUCCGCGCCAUAAGAGCCAAUAAUGACUAUGUGGAGCGUCCUGUGACACUUGACCCCACAUCGCAGGUGGGUGUCUUCUAUACCCAUGAUGAAAGACAUCCUCAGAUGCCUCGCAGUCAGAGUCAGCACCAACAUGCCCACCUGGCUCACCUGAGUCGCUCUAGUACAAUCAGCUCCAUGUCCCGUGGCAGUGCCGCUUCGGACCAGAGACUUCUUUCAGGUUUCACAAGUUCCCAUUCUGGAUUGGCCUCGGUGGUGCGUUCUCAACCCAAGGGUGACCUGAAACCAGACUUGUUAAGUAAAGGCUUGGCUGAUGGAGAGGAUUUAGGCUUACAUCAGUUCAUCUGUGAACGCUGUAGCCGCUGCAAGUGCCAGGAGUGUUGUGCCCCUCGAAGCUUGCCUUCUUGCUGGGCCUGCAGCCAGCGAUGUCUAUGCUCAGCCGAGAAUGUAGUCGAGUACGGCACCUGCCUGUGCUGUGUCAAGGGCCUCUUCUACCACUGUUCAGGGGAUGACGAGGACAACUGUGCUGACCGACCUUGCUCCUGCGCUCCGGCUCAUGCCUGCUCCCGCUGGAGCGCCAUGGCAGUUCUGUCUCUCUGCCUGCCCUGCUUGUGCUGCUAUCCUCCUGCCAAGCUUUGCCUCACUAUGUGCCAGCGUGGCUAUGACCAUGCCACACGACCCGGCUGCCGCUGCAGCAACACCAACACCGUCUGCCGCAAGAUCUCGGCUACUAACCCUGCACCUUUCCGGAAGACUCUGGACAAACCGGUAUGACACUGAGACGGCACUCCAUCUGUCAUCCCGUCACUGCAUUCCCCCUUUCGCAUUCCCAAGGAUACCAUGAAACACUGAACUUACUGACCUGCACCCAACCAACCAGGCCUAGCUACAUAACAUGCAAGAAUGGAAGCUUGUUGAUUCAAAAGAAUAAAAUGUUGUCUAUUUAUUUAUUUAUUUAUUUGACUUUCCUGGCUAAGACAGGUAAUGCUGUCCAUAUGUAACCUUUUACAGGGAGUAAGCUAUCAGAACAAAAAAAAAAUCUGGUGCUGCGUUGGGUAAAGUGCAUCUUCCAGGCACAGUGCCAUCUUCAGCCAUACUGCGUGGACAGUCUGUACGCUAAACGGCUGACGUUUGAUCCGAGGGGGACGGAGAGCCAGAGCCAAAACAAAUGUUCAGUACAAACUAUUUUGGACACCAAAAAAAAAAGGGACCAGAUGAAGCUCAUUCAGGAAUGGCUUUUGAGAUGAGAGGUGGUUACCUGAAAAGACAUUGGGCAUGUGUGGAUAUGAACGGAUGGAUGGAUGCACCUGAAAGAGCGAGAAAACGUGUAUGUGUGUGUUUGUGUGUUCAUGUUUGUGCGUGUGCAUGCAGAUGUGUGUGUAAGGUGUAUGUGCAUGCGUGCGCAGUCUCAGGCCUCUGUCUGCUCUCAGCAGAAGCAUUCUUUUUUUUUUUUAUUUUUAGAGAAGCUGCUCUAAAAGACAAAGUGUCUGGUCAGGUUUCCAGCGCAGGGCAGCCUGACGCCAGCCUCUCCCAAGCGCUCUAGCGUCCUCACCAUUCCACCCCCCUCUUCUAUCACCACCACCACCACCACCACCCCACCCUCUCGUCUGCUGCUCUCUCUCAUUCCUGUAGUGGGAAUUCUUGUCCUGUGCUCUCUCCAGCUGUGCUAUGGGACCAAAUGCAAUUCACUCAUCAUACAUUCCCAAAAAAAUAAACAACAACCUCCACCACCAUGGACACUUGUCUAAUUUUUUCUCCUGCUGCUUUCAAGAUAACAUCAAGUUACUCCGUUACAUUCAUUAAAGAACUUUCAAGCAAAAAAUAAAUCGUCAGAAAAUGUGCCGGACCACAUGAGGCCAUAGUAAAAAAGAAGGAACUUCGGAGUACUGCGUCGUUUAUGAUCGAACUCAUUCGUGAACAGCAAAGAAAGCUAGCCGGGAAUAUGCUAUUCACACUAUGGCCAUACAUUUCUAAGCACUUUGGACUUCAUUUUGGAUUGGCUCGUUAGCCAUUAAUCGCGUCCUGAUUCCUGAUCGACAGGAAGUGAGAGCGUCGGAGAGCCUUUAGGCGUCCUCACACAGGAAGAGGGGACUCCUUUGAGAUGAGGCUCCAAGUCGAUUGCCUUACCAGAGCACCAUACUUGGGAACAAGGUGAAACAGAUGCACUGAUAUCCAAAAUUGGGAUGAGAAAUGAAAUCAAGAAAUCUGUUUCGAGAGUGUAUGUGUGUGUGUUUUUUCCCCCCGUAUAUGCACACGGCUCCUUGUUGUUAGAGUUCCUUUGCUCUAUUUUUCUAUCUAUGUAGGAUUGUUAUCGUAUUUCUAUUUUUAUUCUAUUUGGUUUAGUCUGGGUAUUAUUGUUACCGUUAUUUUCUAUUACCAUCGGAAACUUUAAAUCGAAAGCCUGUCUAACACUUCAAAAUUAACCUUUGAGCGGGCUACGUGUUAUGGAGGAGAGGUCUUUUGUGGUUUCACGCAAACAUUUUAGUUUUACGUUACAGUCACGCUAUACGAUCACCCUGUACUGAUCUGUCCGUUAACGAUUACUGUGUAAUUGGGCCCUAUUUUUUUCACUAUCGCAAAAUCGGAAACGAGCGCAUUUGCUUCUUCGUUGACUUCCAUGCAAUUGACUAUCAGAAUGGAAUUACUGCUUAGGAAAAAUCAGCAUGAUUAAAUUUAGGAAUCGUUCUGUUGUAUUUAUAAAUGUAGACAUCAAUAACAGUGUAAUGGAAGAGGGUCUCUUUCAGGACUGUUUCCUUAUUUUAAAGGUGCAAAGACUCCAAAGUCUAAAUGUUAGUGUCCGGGUUCAAGGCUACUGGAUUAAUGAAAAACACAAAAUAUUAAAUUCUGUUAAGAUUUUCAGUCAACCGCCUCGUUUUUGAUGUCUAAUAGUAAGCAGGUCAGGUGACUUACUGCUGCUAGUCAAAAACCCAAAGGUCUUUUCACACCGUGAAGCCAUGAUUCAACCUCUCCUCCAUGGUUAAAUCCUAAAAGACAAUCUCUCCAAGGAGGGGUGAUAUUCUAGGGAUGGGUGCAGUGUAUAGGUACAAGCAUUUUACAGGAACUGGUGCUGACCACAGUCUUUAAUUUAACCACUAAAAGUUCCCCAUAUUGUAUUUGUAAGCAUUGCUUUGGUACCAUUGGCAUCUUGUAAGUUGCAAAAGAAUUAAAGGAGAGAGAGAGAGAGAGAGAAAGAGAAAUCUAUAUAAAUGAAUAUAUUGAUAUUUGAAUCUAUAUAUAAAUAUAUCUAUAUACAUUUUACACAUUUUUCUUCUGUUGCCGACAUAUUAUCGACAAGUCACAGAUAUUUAUUUAAAUGAUUGUUGAGGAAAGAUAUUUAUUUAUGGUGAAUGAUGAAAAGAAAUGACCCUUGUAAUGAUUUCAGCAUUUUUUUGUUUUUGUUUUUUUUUUUGGAGUGGCGUGGAGGGCGUGGCCUCGAGGCAGAGGAUAAUAAAUAAAAGUUUUCAAAUGCA